CGCAUUGCAGGUGCACCAGGAGCGCCCCGGGGCCUAGCGCGGCUUUGUCUGGGAUGCUGUGGGGAGGAGGCCGUCUGAAUCCACAUCGCCUUUUUAAAUGCUUGUUACCACCCGGGGAACCUUAGAGACCCUCCCUGACAAGUUGUAUCGCCUCCCGUCCUGGUAGCCUUUCCCCAACAGAAUCCUGGAUUUGAGGCUGUCCUUUGAAAGCACCUCUGCUAGAGUACCCACUUCCAAACCCCUUUCAGCUCUUCAGGAUUCAGCCUCCAGGUUGCCCUUGGAGUGGAGUCUGUGGCUUUCCCACCUGAGCAGCGCCCGGGAAGUGUUUUCGUGUGAUGAAAGUUAUUUUUCAGUGCUGUACAAGCGUCUUGAAUUACUCUGGUAGCUUUUCCAGAAAGACCCAUGACUUCACCACAUUUCUCGAGUUACGAUGAAGGUCCCCUGGAUGUCAGCAUGGCAGCCACAAACCUGGAGAACCAGCUGCACAGCGCACAGAAGAACCUCCUGUUCCUUCAGCGGGAGCAUGCCAGCACACUCAAGGGGCUGCACUCCGAGAUCAGGCGGCUGCAGCAGCACUGCACAGAUUUAACAUAUGAGCUGACAGUCAAAAGUUCGGAACAGACAGGAGACGGGACUUCUAGAAGCAGUGAAUUAAAGAAAAGAUGUGAAGAGCUGGAAGCCCAACUGAAAGUGAAAGAGAACGAAAAUGCUGAGUUGUUGAAAGAACUGGAGCAGAAAAACGCGAUGAUCACAGUGCUGGAGAACACCAUCAAGGAGCGGGAGAAGAAGUACCUGGAGGAGCUGAAGGCCAAGAGUCACAAGCUGACCCUGCUGUCUAGCGAGCUGGAGCAGCGGGCCAGCACCAUCGCCUACCUGACCUCCCAGCUGCACGCCGCCAAGAAGAAGCUCAUGAGCUCCAGCGGGACCUCAGAUGCCAGCCCGUCAGGGAGCCCCGUGCUGGCCAGCUACAAGCCAGCGCCCCCCAAAGACAAGCUACCUGAAACGCCUCGCCGCCGCAUGAAAAAGAGCCUCUCGGCCCCCUUGCACCCGGAAUUCGAAGAGGUCUACAGAUUCGGGGCAGAGAGCAGGAAACUCCUUUUGCGGGAACCAGUGGAUGCUAUGCCAGACCCCACUCCAUUUCUGCUGGCUAGGGAGUCCGCCGAGGUCCACCUCAUCAAAGAGAGGCCCCUCGUCAUCCCCCCCAUUGCGUCCGACCGAAGCAGCGAGCAGCACAGCCCGGCCCGCGAAAAGCCGCACAAGGCCCACGUCGGGGUGGCGCAUCGGAUCCACCAUGGCACCCCGCCGCAGGCCCAGCCCGAGGUGAAGACCCUGGCGGUCGACCAGGUGAACGGAGGCAAGGUGGUGAGGAAGCACUCAGGGACGGACAGAACUGUGUGAAGCCCGCUGGGCCCCACCCCGCGCUGUCCAUGCACUGUGAGCACCACUAGGAAAUCUCAGCCACACCUUUUCUGUUUAAUUAAUUCCCAUGCAUGCCAAACACUUUUCACACCUACCGACCAAUUCUCCUUCUGCUUCUCUUGCCCUCUUCUUCACACCAAAAUAUGAUCGUGUCCCUGCUGCAGAAUAUGUAUUAUUUCCUAAUUGCUGUGGCCAAACGCCUGUGUGCCGAAUCGCUUGCUUCUGAUCCCACUCCGUGUAACCUAAGUGCGCCGCAGACAAAGCCCAGGCCACGGCUGCGUCACUACUGAUGUUCACAAUGCCACACAGUCACACACCUAAUUAAUUCUCAAGUCGGAGCAACACAUACCAACCUUGACCUUAUCCUCAGGCUCCAGGGCAGCCUGGCCGAGCAGCCCCUGCUCCCUCUUGGAGACCCUUGUCACCUCCCGAGCUCCUCCUGGAGACCCCUGUCACCCCCCAACCAACCUUUCCCAGGGUGGCACCGAUCACCGAGCAGCCGUGCGUGUAUCUCAAGGAACUAAAUAAGAUGACGCUACUCCUCAUAGCACCACAACCUGAAUGUGUGUUCAUAUUUUUUUGUUAAGUAAGUUUUAUCCAAAAUGUUUACGAUCCCAACAAACUUUAUUUUCUAAACCUGC